CAGAUCUUUGCAACGGUCACGGCAAGCAGUGCCUCACAGCAGCAGCCGCCAGCACCACAUGAGCCCGAGAUAUCUAUCGACACACGCGCAUCAGUAUCCACACAGGUGUCUACGCCACCAGCCCAGCAAGGACUGCAGGUGUCUACACCACUAACCCAGCAAGGACUGACACGUCCGGUCACCAAAUCGGCUACAAUCGCUCAAGUCCGGGAUGCAUCACCAUCUAAGCUCCGCGGUGAUACUGCUGACAGGCUGCUUGGCCACCUGGUUUCCGCUCGUUCUGACUCAGGGAAGCUGGAGGUGAAGCGAAGUGAGCGUGGCAGACCGCAGGUAUAAUAUCAAAGGCUUACAUUCGCUGGCACAUCUUCCGAGGCAGCCAGUGAACGUACGAAGAGACGGCGAACAGCGGAACUGAGGUCGCUCACUGAGUCUGUAUGUAUGUGGUGGAAGUGCCGGCGCCAGUGCCCAGACUGUAACAAUUCUUCGCAGGAUGAGCAGCGACGAGCAGAUGGAUCUCCUCGGAGAGGCUGGGUUGGCACCACAUUCGCCCAAGGCUGGAAUUGGCUUGGCCAUCAAAGCCAACCUCAUGCUCCCGUGGAACCAACUUAGGAAGCUGUGGCAAUGGCUUAAGCAGUACGGAGUCAAGUUCGAGUCAGAACGUAAGAUGCGAACAAUACUGGCAGCAGCCCUUCCGCCCAACACGGCCAAGGACGUGCCAAUGGUGGUGAAAAAGCAGAUCGCGCUUGCACCAAUAGUGUACAUGCCCAGCUUGGAGGCAGUCAUCAACCACUACCUCCAGCUGUACAAGGAUCGUGACCUGACAUGGCACGAUGGUGCAAGACCGGAGAGCGAGGUUUUGGAUAAAGCUGGGCGGGGAUCAUGGCGGCGACUCGUUCAAGUUCUCCAUGCAAGUGGCCAACCUGCAGCACCCCGGCUCACCGGACAACACAGUACCGUUGUGUGUCUUCCACGCAAAGGACACGCCAGCGAAUCUGGAAACGGCACUCGGUAUGUACCGCGAUGAGGUAUCGCACCUUAUCUCACAUGGCAAAUGGGAGGGGAAGCGGCUCGUCCUCUUCAUCUUCGGAGACUACGAGUUUCAGUGUAGUAUGUACGGGUUGUCGGGACCAAGUGGCCUACGUCCGUGCUUACAUUGCCACUGCAGGAAGAAAUCCAUGGAGACGCCAGUAUCGCACAGAGAGCCUGAGGACAGUGUACCCCGCUCCCUGGCCACCCUCAGUUACAACCUGCUUAAGUUCAUCGCAGACGGGGAGAGAUCACCAGACGCCAAGGUACACAACAACGUCAUUCGUCCGGCAAUCCUUCCUGUGCCACUACCCAACGUCAUCGUGCCAGUCCUCCAUCUGGACUUGGGCAUAUUUGCCUGAAUAGGAUGUUUGAUGCCAUGCUGAAAGACCUGCGUGAGCUGGACAAGCUCCUGGCCAGCAAAGCCCCAUUCUGCUGCUGGAGAUAGCGACGCUUUCGGACGGCUAUCUGGCCUCUAUCGCGACCAUCACGACGCAGAGAAGCAGAUAGCAGCAGCGCCUGAACAGGCCUCUGGUUACCAGCAGCAGCUGAACUACGUAGCACUGUAUGCCAACAACCAGGGCGUUACUGGCGAAAACUUGGAGUUCAUGUGUGAACAGAUCCGAGCGGAGUGGCAGAAGGCCAAUGACACAGUGGUGGAGAUGACAAAUGCAAAGGAGGGCAUCUCGCAGCAGAUACUUGCCGCAACUGCUGACAAAGACAUCUGUGGGCCUUGCGAAUCAGCAGUCGAACCUGUGCUGCAAUCCCACAAUAUCAAGCGCCAGGUAUAUCACGGAGGUGCAUUCAUCGGCAACUACGUGCACCGCGCACUUCAGCCCGCUGUCCUGGAGUCAAUUGCUGCUGGUCCCAUCUCCGUCAUUCAGGAACGCUGGCCCGACCUGAUGGAUGAUGCCAGCGUUGUCCAGCUGCGCUACAUGACGCUGCUGGACGAGUACAGGAAGUGUACUUCUGCCUUUGGCCACUGCAGGAAGGUCACACAAGUAGAGCUUGAAAAGCUGGAAUCCAACAUCAGGACCUUCCUUAAGUCAGCACGAAAGGAGGUGGUCGACCGAGGGCUUGGCCAUGUAACGCCGAAGCUUCAUCUUCUGGAGAGCCACACCGCUCCGGCAAUGGAGAGUCUCGGAGUAGAGCUCAGUCUGCUGGCCGAGCAAGGAGCAGAGAGCAUCCAUGCGGAGUUCAACACUCUUGAGCGAAGGUGCCACCAGAUUCCCGCUCUUCUGCAGAGGCUGAAAGCUAUGGCUGAGCAGUGAGCAGCAUCUGUCCCGAACCUUGCCUCAAGCCAUUCAGCGUCCCACGACAAAACGUCGCCAGUCGACAUGA